CAUGGGAAUUAACGGGAAUUAAUGGGAAUAAACUGGAAAUUUGCUAAAUUGCAGGAACUGGGAACUUAAAUUUAGUUGAGAACAAAAACUUGCAGCAUAAUCUUGGUUAAAACAACCAGAUUUAAUGCAAUUUGUUUAAUUUCUACUCUACACAUUGCUCAAUCGCACACAGCACACUGCUUACUGCGGGGCUAUCGAGGCCACGCCCCCUACAUGCAUUGUGCUUAUCUACCAUUACAUGCACAGAUAAUUUCUUAAAUCCUGCACACAAAAUAUCAAAAUGUCCAUCUUGGUAAGUAUUCAUAUAAAUUACAUGAAUAUUACAAAAAAUGUUUAAAACUUCCUUGUGCUGUGUGUAAUAUACUCUGCAACUAAAUUAGGCUGUACCAUAGUAAAAACAAAUACACUGACUGAACAAACAUUUAGGUGAGAUAAUAAUAAAACAAAAGUCUAAAAAUGACCCUCCCCCCACACAAUCCUCUCUAGUCACCUAAGAGGGGGAUUCCCCUCCCAUUUUCUCUGAAGCCGCACUUUCUGCAUUUGAGCCCAAAGACUACAUCUAAGUUUUUAUAUUCUAAAUAUAUUUGAUCUAUGGGAUUCCAAAGUUUUUCCAAAAAGUUUUCCAAAGUUCCCCACACGAAGUUCCCAUGGAAAGUUUCCGGAAAACUUCUGGAAAUUUACCGGAAAUUUUCCGCCCCUUUGCAACCCUAACCCCAAUUGAGGAGCUCCUGACAUGCUAAAAGGAAUCGGGAUGGUGCCUUCAGCUGGUGUUUAUAUUUAAUUUCUAUUUCACUCUUUUGCCUGUUCCUCCUGCUGAAGAGAGGCAGCACAAGAGGUUUGAGGUCCAAGAUGGAUGUGGACAUCCCUAAACCCCGUGUGUUUCUGAGCUACAGCCCCACUGCCCUGUUUUCACAGUGGAGUUUACCAGUCGGUCCAACCCAAGUGAUGGCCGCGGUGAAAGAUGGUCCGUGGAAGAGCCUGAGCUCUGGGAAGAAAGUAGCUUUGGCUGCCGGCCUUUCUGUGGGGGCCACGGUGGGAUACCUUGUUUACCGUCACAUUCGAAGCAGCAGUGUGCAAUGCCAAAACAACGAGGAGUCCCGAAUAUCUGUUCCCCUUGAUGUGUACCGAUCUAUUGCAAGAUAUCAGAGCACCUUUCUAGACAUAGUGAAUCAGAAGUCUGGUGCCCAGAUAAAUGUGCUGCCAAACACUGAAGAGCAGAGCCUGGUGAAUUUUCUGAUCCAGGGCUCACCGGAGCAGAUUCUUGUGGCGCAGUGCGCUCUUGAGAAACUGGCCACCGACUGUGAGGUCAUCACCGAUGUCAUAGACGUGCCUCAGACGGCAUUUGGACGAAUUAUAGGUCGUGGUGGUGAGACUUUGAAGUUCAUAAACAGAGUCUCGGGGGCCAGGGUGAACUGCUCCAAAGAUCGUGGACGCAGCUUGGAGGAGAAGGGCAAGAUCACAAUUACCGGCACACGCAAGGAGAUUCAAAGUGCAAAGGAGAUGAUCAUGGAGAAGGUCAUAGAGAAUGAAACUGUACGAAAGCGAAUAAGUCAGGCUUCUGCCCUGCGUCAGAAGAGGAAACCGCCGGAAACAGAGCAGUUAAACAAGGCCCAAGGACUGGAGAAUGAAUUAUUAAAGCUUAAUGGAAAAGAUUUACCUUCCCCAGUGACUGAGCUUAAACAAGAGGGGCCUGUUACGGUCAACGGCUUUACAGACAACAGUGAAACUGCUGAAAACUCCCUUAAAUCAGAGGAGGAGGAGAUUCUCUCUCCAGUAUCGCCUUUGGAGAUCUCCAAAUUUGAAAUUCCUAGUCCAGACCUGAGCUUCCAGCCCGAUGAGCAUCUGGAGGUGUAUGUGUCUGCCUCUGAGAGUCCUCAACACUUUUGGAUCCAGAUUCUGGGGGUCCGAUCCCUACAGCUGGAUAAACUGACGGCCGAAAUGAGCCGUUUCUACAACAGUGAUACCUCACAAGAGCACAGAGUGGAGACCAUUAUUGUUGGAGAUAUAGUGGCUGCUCCAUACAGGGACCAUGGCACGUGGAAUCGUGCUCGAGUGUUGGGAAUUCUGGGCUCUGGCCUGGUGGAUUUGUAUUAUGUGGACUUUGGGGACAACGGGGAGCUUCCACGGGAAUAUUUACGAAGCAUGAGAAGUGACUUCCUGAGCCUGCCCUUUCAAGCCAUUGAGUGCAGCCUAGCAGGGGUUCGUCCUGCAGGAGAUGUUUGGACUGAGGCAGCCCUGGAUGACUUUGAGCGCAUGACAUACUGUGCUGAAUGGAAACCUUUACUGGCCAAAUUGUACAGUUAUUCUCAUUCUGAGAUCUCAUCCUGGCCCAGCGUCAAACUCUAUGACAACAGCCAGGGAAAGGCUCUGGACCUCGGUAAAGAGUUGAUUGGUCUCGGUCAUGCUGUGAGCUGUGAGGAUGAAGGGAUUGGGUUGAGGGGAGACUGGGAUGAGUCCAGAUCACUGCAGAAGAUGCUGGACGACAUGACCGGAGCGACAUCAGAACUCAGUAUGUCCUGCAUCAGUUUGUCAGUUCAGCAGAGUUUAACCAGUCCUCGGGGUGACGAAUUCGAAGUUUCAGAAUAUCCAUGGGUAUGCAAGCAGCUGGAAUGGUCUUCAUCUCUCACAAGCUCUUUGGAGAUGGAGCGAGCCGACGUGGACCAGAGCCUGUGUUUUGGACUCAUGUCUUCCUCUUCAUUGAUCCACUCCACUCCAUCUCAGAACCUGAGUGAUCUCGUCAGCCAAAUACUCGAGUCGUCUUCCUCUGCGCUAGACCCACCAGUCCAGUUGAAUAACUUAACCCCUGCAUCACCAUUACACGAGCCAUCAGUGCAGGACAUCUCCUCUUCGUUUACAUCUCCAUCCCGUGUGGAGGCUGUGACAUCAACGCUGGAUUCCUUUACUCUUAGCGAUGACGUUUUUCUUGGGACUCACUGUUACUGCAGGAAGAAUAUGAUGGCAUCAUCUGCAUCUGAACAGACGGGCUCAUCUUGUACGGUGGACAGUUUCAGUGAAAAUACUGAGAGCAGCAACAGCAGUGACGGCAUCAGAGGAGUGUGGUAUUACCUCACUUCCUCUAGGGACUCAUCUGAAUUGUCUCUCAGCACCACCAUGCCUCAGUCGUCCACUGCGUCUUCAUCGUAUUUGACAGAAUCUUGUGACGAGACCACUGCUUCUUCAGGCUCUGUGAUUGAGCUGAGUUCAGAUACAUCCAGGAGCGCUGAAGAUGCUGGAAUGCCACUCAGACCAGCUAAUCAGACUCAUCCACACGCAAAUCCAGAGGUCAGCACGUUGAGUGACAGUAGCAGCUGUGAAAGCCACUUAAGUAACACUUCUGAAGAGUAUAAACAUGAGUCCUUAACAGAGGGAAAUUUAGAUGAACCACACCCACCAAAAAGUGAUGUGAAAUGCCAGAAGUCAAGUUUGAGUGAAGAAAUGCUACAUAAUGAAGCAGGAAGUGCAACUGAAGAAAGAGGAAAAGAUCUUCAGGAACUAAAGAACAUGGAUUUCAAAACUGAAAAAGGCAACAGUGGUGAAGACAAUUCAACAAGAGAAGUUGCCUCUAUUUCUGGAAGUGUGGAUGACACUAUUGAUGAGGAAUUCAACUGACAAAAGACCAAAGACAUAUGCCUUGAUAUUGAGACCAGUUGUUAUCCUAAUUUAGCAUUCUGCACAUGCUUCCUGUCUCUGAGAAAGAGCCUUACUUGACUACCCCACCUGCUCAGACUGCCUGUAUUUACUGCAUAAGUUCUCUCAUAUAAGGAAAUGGUUUCCACAGUUUAUAUCUUGUCUAAACUUUUUGGGACAUCUGGAAGACAUUUGAUGGUUCAUUUUUUUUUUUACUGUUUGCACUUGUGUUCAUCUUAUUUAUGUAUAAUAGGUUACGUCAGUCAUUCUUUGCAUUUCAUUGAUCGUCUGAAGAACAGAUGAAAGACAGUUGAAGAGCAGAGCUCAGGGAACUCAUGAUUGAGUUUGUUAGGAACCUCAUUAUUGUUGCAGUGUAGCACCAAAGUUCCUUUGAUUUGUUUUUGUCAGUGAUAUGAUGGUUCAGUUUAUGUUGACGGGUCAUUUUUUUUGUACUGUUUGAACUGUUUCUCAUUUUCUGUCAAAAAAUAUUUGUUGUGAAUUGAGGUUUAUUACACUGAAUGCUGCAGUAUGUAUAUACAAUCAAAUAAAGAGUAUUAUUAUACCCCA